AUGAGUUUUUUUCGAUCAACUUUGGGAAUCGGAAGCUUUCUUGGUCCAAGGUCAAGAUUAGUAACACAAUUAUGCAGCAGAAACAUGUGCAACAAACCCCAAGAAGUAAAGUCAGAGCCUGUGCCAGCUUCCCCUGCAGCAGAUGUUGGUCGAUCAUUCAGAGUCCCUGGACACGCACCUUCUGAGUGGGACAAAAGGGUUUUGCUCUGGGCAGGACGUUUCAAGUCCCCUGAGCAGAUCCCAGAGACAAUAUCUUUCGAGAUGCUUGAUGCUGCAAGAAAUAAACUGCGAGUGAAGGCCUGCUAUGCAAUGAUAAUCAUCACAUUAGGCUCCUGCGUUGUGAUGGUUGUGUUGGGAAAAAAGGCCGUAGGAAGGAACGAGUCCUUGACAAGUUUGAAUUUGGAGAAAAAGGCCAAAUGGAGAGAAGAAGUGCUAAAAGAAAAGGAAGCAUUACUUGAGAAAACGCAGUAA